AUGACAUCAAAAGACCUCCAAUCAAAAAUAGAAGACGCAACUUUCAUUUUCCAUUUUCCAUUCAGUUUACUUAUGUUAUCAAGCUUGGAGUACCGGAAGUAUAGCUGGUUAUCUUUAUUUAUUUGUUAUUUUUAUCGGGUGCGACUGGCAAACUAAACAUUUCAUUCAAGCUUCAGUUUUCAACCGGUCUUGAAUAGUAAUGGGUCGUUAUAAGCGAAUCUUAACGAAAGAACAAGUGGAAGAAUAUGCGCAGCUCACUUAUUUGACUAAAGUCGAGAUUGUUUAUAUUUUCAACAAAUUCAGCACACUCGGAAUAAAUGAAAUUGAACAAGAUGUCAACUACCGCUUUCCAAAGAAUGACGUACAAAAUCUAUUUUUAGAAUUGAAGUACAACCCCUUUUGUGAUCGAUUAUUUCACGUAUUCUCUUCGCAAAAGGAUGAUUGCUUUUCAUUCGAAGACUUUUUGGAUCUUUGUAGUGUAAUGUCAGAACAUUGCCCGUUAUCGGUAAAGGCUGCCUGGGGAUUCAAAGUUUUCGACUUUGAUGAGGAUGAGCAAAUUACGAAACCAGAUAUAUAUCAAAUUGUUGACAAACUUACUCAGCCUGCGCAAUUGCUGGAUAUUGAAAAGGAGCAUAUAAGCGAUGUGGUCUUGAAAGAAAUGAAUAUUCGUCACACAGGUGCAAUGAAUCAAAUGGAAUUUUUACAUGCUAUGACGAAGAUGCCCGAAUUCAGUCAAAUUUUCGCCUUUAAGGUUUAAUUUUUUUCUAUGUUCAAACUCAGCCCAAAAAGUGAACGGUUAAGGCUAACAAUUUUCUUACUCUCAUUGCCAAAGGCGCCAUUUGUUUUAAUAUUAGUCGUUAUUUAAUAUUUUUUAUGAAGUAAAUAUUUAACUUUCGAAGAUUUA